AGUGUAGUGUUAAUACACUUAAAGUGUCCAUUCAAUCAGUCAGUGCGUAUACACUACAUCAACUCACUGGACCUUUAAACACCAAUGGGACAGACACAUUCUACUAGGAAGGGUGCAGUCUGUUAAAGGUGUGGAAGCCCAAUUUGAGGCUGGUCGGGGGAGGAUAGAGUAGUCAAAAGUGUAUAUAAGGUACAGUCAGACAGGAAGACUUUCUUGUUGAGCGGUUUCUAUCUAGCUGAUCUUGUUUUUUAUUUUAUGCCCAAAAUUUUGGCCACAAUGCUGGGACAUGUGGUCCUGCAGACUUUACUUGUUCUCUGGCUGGCACAGAACACUCUACAAGGAGGUACUAUACAUCAAGGUGGUGGGGGAGUGGGAAAAAUGCUGAUGCCAUCAAGAGGAGCUGGGGUUCCUCUGGGCAUGCAGGGUGGUCAUGGGCAUGGAGCUAAACCCAGCAAGACAGGGGGUGGGUAUGGGGGUGCAGGAGGAAAACAUAUGAAACAAGGAUAUAUAUCUUGGCCCGUCUAUGGGGCUGCCCUUGGAAUGGGGAUUGGCAGGGGGCUGGGCCCUCAAGCAACAAAACCCAGAGGAGGAUAUGGGGGCAAUGGUUUUGGCUAUGGAGGACAGGCUUUCGGAGGUUACAGACCAGGAGCAAGCACCUACCUGAGACCUGGAUUUGGAUUCGGGGCAGGUGCUGGAACUGGCUAUCCCAACGUUGGAGGGGUUAAGGCAGGCAAGCCAGGAUAUGGUGCUGGAGCUGGGAUUGGAUACCCUAAUGGUGGAGGGGCUAAAGCAGCAAAACCAGGUAAUGGUGCUGGAGCUGGUGUGUUCACUGGACAGGGGGCUAAACCCAAUGGUAAUGGUGCAGGAGCUGGUAUGCCCAAUGGACAGGGAGCUAAACCCAAUGGAUAUAAUGCUGGAACUGGAUAUCCCCAUGGAGGAGGGGCUAAAGCAACCAAACCAGGUAAUGGUGCUGGAGGUGGUGUGCCCAAUGGACAGGGUGCCAUCCCAAAUGGAUAUGGUGCUGGAUACCCCAACAGGGGAGGAAUUAAAGCAUCCAAACCAGGUUAUGGAAUUGGAGUCCCGAAUGGCCAGGGGCCAGCAGGGGUUGGAGAAGGUGUUCCCAAUGGUGGAAGAGCUAAACCUGUACCUGCAGGUUAUGGUGUACCCAACAGACAUAUGGCUAAAGUAGCAAAUCUGGGUUAUAGACUGGGAGUAUUUGUGCCUAAUGGACAAGGCACAAAGGUUUUUGGAGCUGGAAUGCCUACUGGAAAGAGCAAUAAAGCCAUACCUGUGGUGCCCCAAGAACAGCGCACUAAAGAUGUGGUUCCUGUUGCACAGGGUGGUAAAAUCCCUGGACCUGUGGUUCCUGUUGCACAAGGUGGUGAAAACCCUGGUCCUGUGGUUCCUGAUGCACAGGGUGGUAAAAACCCUGGUCCUGUGGUUCUCGAUGCACAGGGUGGUAAAAACCCUGGUCCUGUGGUUCCUGAUGCACAGGGUGGUAAAAACCCUGGUCCUGUGGUUCCUGAUGCACAGGGUGGUAAAAACCCUGGUCCUGUGGUUCCUGAUGCACAGGGUGGUAAAAACCCUGGUCCUGUGGUUCCUGAUGCACAGGGUGGUAAAAACCCUGGUCCUGUGGUUCCUGAUGCACAGGGUGGUAAAAACCCUGGUCCUGUGGUUCUCGAUGCACAGGGUGGUAAAAUCCCUGGACCUGUGGUUCCUGUUGCACAAGGUGGUAAAAACCCUGGGCCAGCGAUUUCUGCAGAAAAGACCUCAAAACUCAGUGGAGCUGUGGUUCCUGAUGGAGGGGUAGCACCUGAAGUGCCUUCAACACCUGGACCGGUGGCUCCUGCAGGAAAGACCUCUAAAGGCAUGGGAGCCGUGGUGUCUGAAGGACAGGGUGCUAAAUCCUCAAAUCUGGGAAAUGGUGCUGGCGCGGGAUAUCUUAAUGGACAGGGGGCUAAGACAACCAAGCCGGAUUGUGGUGGUCGAGCUGGAUUCUUCAAUGGACAGUGGGCUAAAGUACCAAAUAUGGGAGCUGGUGUGCCCAAUGGACUGGGGGCAAAAGCAGCUAAACCAGGACAUGGUGCUGGAGCUGGAACUGGAUAUCCCAAUGGAGGAGGGGCUAAAGCAGCUAAACCAGGCUAUGGAAACAGUAAUGGUGCUGGUGUGCAUCCUGGUCUUGGUGGCAGCCCCUAUGGUGGACAGAGUGUAGGCCCAGGAGGAGCUGGAGGAAAUGGAAAAUCUGAGAAGUAUGGGGGUGCUGCUGGCCCUGCUUCUCCUGGUACUGCUCAGCUGCCCUAUGGGGGCCAGCCAGUCGUUCCGGCUGGGUUGGGAGUCAAUGGCAAGUCUGGUGGUUACAGUAUGGGGAAGCUGCCAUAUGGACCGAAGCACAGUCAGCCUGCGGGCCUGGGGGCUGACACUGGCCUGGGUGAAUACGGUGGACUGGGUGCUGGGUUGGGUUUGGAAUCUGUUCCUGGCAAGUAUGGUGGUGUUGGUCAACAUUCUUUCAAUGGUGCCCCAAUAAUUCCUGCUGCACUGGAUGGAACUAGUCAGAUACCAGUUGAUCCCCCAGCAGUUGCUGAUGGAAAGUCAGCUGGUCUGUACGGAAUGGGGGGUUUGCCAUAUGGUGCCCAGCCCCUUGCGCUGGGAGGUGAACGGAAACCUACUGGAAAAUAUGGCGGGUUGCCAUACGGUGCUCAGCCCCUUGGAAUGGGGAGUAAUGGGAAAUCUUCUGCCAAAUUUGGAAUUGGUGGGUUACUCUUCGGUACCCAUCCCCUUGGCCUGGGCUCCAAUGGGAAAGCUGCUGGCAAAUAUGGGCAUGGCAGAUUGCCAUAUGGUGCCCAGCCCCUCGGAUUGGGGAGUGAUGGGAAAUUCCAAAGUAAAUUUGGGAGAAUACCAUAUGGUGCCCAGCCGCUUGGAUUAGGGCCCGAUGGGAAAUCUGCUGGAAAAUAUGGAGGAGGGAGUUACGGGAAACCUACGGGAAAAUAUGGAAAUGUAGGGUUGCCAUAUGGUGCACAGCCAAUUGGACUUGGGACUGAGGGAAAAUCUGCUGGAAAUGGAGGGUUACCAGCUCAGCCUGUUGUACUUGACGGCAAUGUGAAAUCUUCUGGAAAAUAUGGAAAUGGAGGGAAUCUGAAUGGGGAAGUUCAGCCAGAAGUUGUUUUACAGUCCCUUACUCCCUCAUUUCCUCCAUCCCCUGCACUUCCAGUUUCUCUUUCAGUCACCCCUGUUCCAUCCUUGACUGAAGACCCUUCACUGCCCCCUGUAGUUCCCACACUCCCGCCUGUUAUUCCAUCAUCCCCUCCUGUCCUUGUAGUCUCUGAGGUUCCCUUAGACCAUGAAGCCCCGGCAGUCCCUGAUUCCCCUGAAGCUCCAGAAGUCCCAUUAGACUCUGUACUGCCUGAGAUCCCCUUAGUCCCUGUAGUCCCCUUAGUCUCCUCAGUCCCUUUAGUCCCCUCCUUGACAGGUUCAGUGGACCUGCCCGCUCCAGUGCUGCUCCUUGCCACAGCUGACCCUUCCAGCCUACCGCCAGACAGCCAAACACAAGCUCCGCUGCCUGCACAGACUGAUGCGUUCGAGCUGAUCCUUCAGCCUCAUCCCCAGAUACACAUUAAGCAACAUCUGAAGCUGCAGUUUCACCCGCAGGGUAAAACAUGGAGAGCUGGGCCAGACACCAAAUUUGGAUUAAAUGGAUUCUUUGGCAAUGGAUACCAAGGCUGAACAUGGCACCAUUGACCCCAGGGACAAAUAAUAGUCUUUUUAUUUGUUAAUUUGUGUCUCUCUGGUUAUUGUAUAUUUGUGUUUGUUUUUGUUCAUUUUUGUUCACUGAAUGCCCCUGUCCCUGUUUGUGUUACUGCUUUCAUCAGUACCUCCUUGUCCAGCCCCUCCAACCUUCCGUGUUUUGUAGGUUUUUAUCCCCACGUUUGUAUGACAAUCACUGAAUCUCAGAAAACAUCUGUAGAAUAAUGUUAUGCUGUUUUUUUAUUUAUUGAAUGAUAUAACUUCUUUUACACAAAACAUUUUUUUUGCAUUCUUCAUAUUUCUUUCAUUGCUCAGAUACCUUCUUCUUUCCAUCCUUCUAUCUGUAUCAGACUGAUUGUCUCUCAUACAUAACCAUGGGUGUAUUCUACCCAUGGUGUAUUCUACCCGUAUAAACUCUGUAAGAGUUAAUUUAACACUUUGUCCCCACUAAGGGGGGCCCUGGAUAUUUUUUAUUUGUAACUAUUUUUAAUCAGUUACUAAAUAUAUUGGGUGGGGGGCCCUCCCCAUAUAUUUUGUCCUGGGCCUGAUCAUUCAUAGCUGUGGCCCUGGGUGUAUCACUGCAGUAAUCAAGGGUCCAUCCAAUCACAUCCGCCUCAUCAAGGCUGACUGAGGCAGCAUAAGUGCACUGGAGACAUUUCAUGAUGAAAUAUGGAGCAUUUCUGCACAGUAAAAUGUCCUGUGUUAAUUGAACUCUGGCCAUAGUGGACUCAUAUAAACUGUAUAAACUCAUCUGUAAGAGUUGAUUUAACACUGAACAUUUUACUGUGGGUGCAUAAAAAUGGACAAUAUAUCUAUAUAUGCUAUCCUGAAAUCAGCAGGAAAAUGCUGUUGCUGCCCUCGUUGUGGAAACAAUGUCACUGAGGUGUUAAGGAGAACAGAAAAAUCAUAAAUUGAUGUAUGAUAUUACAUUGAAUUAUUCCAAAUCACAAUAGUUCAGUUAACCUAGAACCGGUGGCCGGUUUCAUUCUGAACUCUGAAUUGGAAUGUUGGGAUGAUGGAAUGUUGACUUAAAUUAGAAUUACAGCCGAUUAAAUGCUUUAAAUGCUAUCCAGCUUUAUGGUCCUGUCCUAUGAAGUUAUGUUCCUUACUUUUGAAAAUUGGGCUGAAGGAAGGCUUUACUUGUAUUUCCCCCUCUAAAGGCUUUCAGUUCUAUUGCAAACCUUAUGCUGUGUGCAUUUCCCCAGAAACUCAAUUGAUUGUUUGGUAACAGGUUUCAUUAAUGGUAAAUGCCAUGUAUUUCAUAUUAACUCAGUCUAACAUUGCCCUUUGUCAAGGUAUCUAAACAUUGUGAUCACAGACCAGAUGAAGGUAUUGUGCACAGGAAAACAAACUUUCUGUUGGUAACACCUGUUUAAAAGAGUGGAGCUUUGUUGUCAUUUUGCAGCUACAACUCAAGCAAUGCUUUUUCUACUUUUAAUGUACUGUAACCAAGUAGCUUUUUGGCUAAUUUUCUGACUCACACAUAAUCUGUGAUCAAAAUAACACACUGCACUGGUUCAGUUAUAAAUAUGUCAGUAUGAAUGUUAAAGCUCUUGGCUUCAAGGCUUAAUGUCAGAGUAUUUCUGUAGAUAUGCGCUUUCUUUGGAGGUGUUGACUAAUGCCUUAACUCCACAAUUAAGGUUUAGGUGUACAUAACCAUUGGUACUGUACCGCUAGUAGCACUGUAGUAUUUAGGAGGCAUAAAUCAAUUAAAAACUGUUAAUCAUAAUUAUUUCACUAUCCAGAGUGACAUAAAAUGUGGUAUUUUUUCAGGCUGCAAUUUUAUUUAAUAGGUGGUGGUGCUAAAGAAAGUAAUGAGUACAAAUAUAUUAUAUUGUAUGUGCAUUUGUAAUGGUUUGCAAAUUUUUAUGCCAAAUUUACCUGUACAUACUACUGCACACCAUUUAAAUUGCUAUCUUAAAACCAUAGCCUCCAAUAUAUUGUUGAGGAAUACAGGAAUAUUGUUGUGAUUGUGAUUCUGUAAAUUGUGAGUGAAAAUUUUAUCAUUGUAUUUACAAGUAAACCCUAAUUCCCUCUUUUUGAUUGA